UCAUAAAGUUAUGUUAUAAAUACCAAAGCAAAUUCUCCAUAUUUCUGCUUUUUCAUUAUUUUGCUACAGUUUAUUUAAACAAUAUUUGCAGGAACUCUGGAUGAAAGCAAAUUCUUCUUCAAUAAACCUUUUUAAUUAUUCACCAUAUAAACCCUAAUCGAAUUAAUCUUACAACCCUCUUUUUAUUUGGUGUGAAAAAAAUUACCCAUCAGAAAAAAACCCAACAAUAAACAAAAAUGGAGGAAGGUGGUAACAUAGCAAACAAUGUAGCUAGAGCCAUAACUGCUGCCCUUGAUUGGAGUUCUUCCCCUGAUUCUCGUCAGGCUGCUUUUUCCUUCUUAGAAUCUUUUAAAGCAGGGGAUGUGCGUGUUUUGGCUAGUACGUCCUUCAUGUUGGUUAAGAAGGAGUGGGCUUCAGAAAUACGACUUCAAGCAUUCAAAAUGCUUCAGCAUCUGGUGAGGCUGCGCUGGGAAGAAUUAAAUUCAAUAGAACGGCAAAAUUUUGCGAGCAUAGCUAUUGACUUGAUGUCUCAGGCUGCGGAUCCAGGGGAGCAGUGGGCUUUGAAAAGUCAAACAGCUUGUCUUGUCGCAGAGAUAGUAAGGAGAGAAGGCCCAAAUCUUUGGCAGGAGCUGCUCCCUUCGGUUGUAGCCCUCUCUAACAAUGGCCCUUCUCAAGCAGAAUUGGUCUCAAUGAUGUUGAGGUGGCUUCCUGAAGAUAUUACUGUUCAUAAUGAAGAUUUAGAAGGCGAAAGGCGCAGGCAACUGUUACGUGGACUGACUGAAUCUCUGCCCGAAAUUUUGCCUUUGUUGUACUCUUUGUUGGAGAGGCACUUCGGGGCUGCAGUAAACGAGGCUAACCAGCAGCAUCUAGACAUUGCAAAACUUCAUGCAGCCACUGUAACUGCAACCUUGAAUGCAAUAAAUGCUUAUGCUGAGUGGGCUCCUUUGCCUGAUCUUGCCAAAUAUGGCAUAAUAUAUGGAUGUGGCUGCUUGCUUACUUCUCCAGAUUUUCGUCUUCAUGCUUGCGAGUUCUUCAAACUUGUCUGUGCAAGGAAAAGACCUGCUGAUGCAACACCGGAUUUCGAUUCUGCAAUGGGCAACAUAUUUGAGAUCAUGAUGAAUUCUUCUAGAGACUUCCUUCACAAAUCAAGUGUGAAUAGUGGCUCCACUGAUGACCGUGAAUUCGAGUUUGCAGAGUUGAUAUGCGAGUGCAUGGUUUCUCUGGGUUCCACAAAUCUGAUGUGCAUCACUAGUAAUACGAGCAACCUUUCUUAUUACCUUCAACAGAUGCUGGGGUACUUCCAACAUUUUAAGUUGGCUCUUCAUUGUCAGUCACUGUCUUUCUGGCUGGCUUUAAUGAGAGAUUUACUAUCAAAGCCAAAAGCUCAUGCAACUGGAGAUGGUGCUGUGAAAAAUUCUGCUGGCUCUGGACAGACUGAUAAUGAGAAGAUGAUUUUAAAUCUGAUAAAUGAUGACUAUUGUGGUGCAUUUCUAGAAACGUCUUUUCCGCGUCUCCUUAAAAAAGAAAAAAUUCUUCCUGAGACAGCACUUUCUUUUGGGCCUUUGGAAUUGUGGAGUGAUGAUUUUGAGGGCAAAGGAGAAUUCAGUCAAUAUCGUUCUAAGCUGAUGGAGCUUGUUCGAUUUAUUUCAAACCACAAACCUAUUAUUGCUGCUACACGGGUGUGUGAAAGAACAAUUAUGAUCAUUAAGAGCCUAGAAUCAUCUUCAGUGCCAACACAGGAUUUAACUAUACUAGAGAGCAUGCAACUUGCCCUUGAAAAUAUUGUUGUUGCAGUUUUUGAUGGUUCAGAAGAAAUUUUCACGGGUAGCUCAGAAACUCAGCUUGCAUUGUGUAGGAUUUUUGAAGGUCUCCUGCAGCAGUUACUUACCUUACAAUGGAGCGAACCCGUGCUUGUGGAAGUCCUUGGCCACUAUCUAUAUUCAUUUGGUCCUUUCCUGAAAUUCUUCCCGGAUGCAGUUGGCAUGGUUGUCAAUAAGCUUUUUGAGCUGUUGACCUCCCUUCCCGUCAUUGUUAAGGAUCCUUCAACGAACAGUGCCCGACACGCCAGGCUGCAGAUUUGCACUUCUUUCAUUAGGAUUGCCAAAGUUGCUGAUAAAAGCCUACUGCCUCACAUGAAGGGGAUAGCAGAUAUGAUGGCAAAGCUACAAAACGAGGGUCAUUUACUUCGUGGAGAGCAUAAUCUCAUUGGAGAAGCAUUCCUUAUUAUGGCUUCUGCUGCCGGUGUUCAACAGCAGCAAGAAGUUUUAGCCUGGUUGCUUGAACCUCUGAGUAGACAGUGGAUCCAGCAGGACUGGCAAAAUUCGUAUCUGUCUGAACCAUUAGGUCUUGUUAACCUGUGUGCUAAUACACCACUAAUGUGGUCCAUUUUUCAUACCGUGACUUUCUUUGAGAGGGCACUGAAGAGAUCUAGAAUCCGGAAGAAUAAUUUGCCGACUAUCACAAAUGAAGCACCAGUGCAACCAAUGGCUCCUCAUUUAUCUUGGAUGUUGCCACCCCUUCUAAAACUUCUCCGUUCUAUCCAUUCACUUUGGUCUCCCACCGUGAUCCAAUCUUUGCCUGGGGAAGUAAAAGCUGCACUUAUAAUCAGUGAUGUAGAGCGAACAAGUCUUCUUGGAGAAGUGAACACAAAAGCGCCAAAAGGUCCACUGGGCUUUGCUGAUGGAUCGUUGACUGAUAUGAGCAGGGAAGCCUAUGGAGAGCCAAACGAAAAAGACAUACGAAAUUGGUUAAGAGGUAUCAGAGACAGUGGGUAUGAUGUGCUGGGAUUGUCAACAACUAUAGGGGAUGCUUUUUUCCAAUGCUUGGAUAUUGAUUCAGUGGCUCUGGCUCUGAUGGAGAAUCUGCUGUCAAUGGAAUACCGGCAUUUGAGGCAGCUAAUUCAUUUGGUGAUAAUCCCAUUGGUCAAGUCUUGCCCUCCAAAUUUAUGGGGAACAUGGCUGGAGAAGCUUUUGCAUCCAUUGCUUCUUCGUACUUAUCAAGCACUGAACUCCUCAUGGUCAAGUCUUUUAAAUGAAGGCAGCGCAAAGAUUCCCGAUGUUUGCAACAUAGCUGGAGGAUCAGAUUUGAAAGUAGAAGUCAUGGAGGAGAAGCUACUUCGUGAUUUGACUCGUGAAGUAUGUGGUUUAUUGUCAGCAUUGGCUUCCCCUGGGCUCAAUACUGGCUUGCCCAUUUUGGAGCACUCAGGUCACGUUACUCGCAUCGAUGCUUCUUCUUUGAAGGACUUGGAUGUAUUUGCCUCCACUUCUGCCGUUGGUUUUCUAUUGAAGCAUAAACACCUAGCUGUUCCGGCGCUGCAGAUUUGUCUCGGGGCUUUUCAAUGGAUAGAUAGUGAGGCUAUGACAAAAGUUUGUUCCUUUUGCGGCGUUAUUGUUCUUUUAGCUAUUUUGACAAAUAAUGUCGAACUUCGAGAAUUUGUCUCCAAAGACUUGUUCUAUGCAGCUAUCCAAGGUUUGGCCCUCGAAUCAAAUGCUUUUGUGGGCUCAGAUUUGGUUAAUCUAUGUCGUGAAAUAUUUAUUUAUCUUGCGGAUAGAGACCCUGCACCUAGGCAGAUUUUGUCAAAGCUUCCUUGCAUUACCGCACAGCAUUUAGCGGCUUUUGAGGAGUCUUUGGCUAAGACCGCAAGUCCCAAGGAACAAAAACAGCUUAUGAGAAGUUUUCUUUUAUCGGGAACUGGAAACAAAUUGAAAGCACUUAUCGCUCAAAAGAGCGUCAAUAUAAUAACAAAUGUCUCAGCAAGGUCUCGGAAUCCCAGUACCGGUUUAGAUACCAGAAAUGAAGGGGAGUCGAUAGGACUUGCAGCAAUCAUCUAACAGGUAGAUAUAGUUUUGUUAUCCCUGUACAGAGGACUUUCACCAGUUCAAUUAGGAAUUACAGAUACAGUAUAGAGAAGACAAAUUGGUUCCGUUAAGCGAAGUUGAAAUCUAAUGGAAAAUACCGUUGUAGGAUCAGAUCAAUUGUGAAUUCUUGUGAUGUGUAACGCUGCUCGCGUUUUUCGUAUAUGGUCGUCUUAUUGACCAGAAAUGGUCAUUUUAACUCUCCUCGCACCAUAAAAUUGUUGUAUUUUGUAACUUGGGCGGUUGGCGCUCGAUGCUCGUCACAUAUAUAAAUUUCUGAGUUUGAGUCCAGAGCUUUUCAUGUUUUGUGCAGGAUAAGUAAAUUUUUGGUUGAUGUUGUUAAGGUACAUCAUUUUGGUUAAUUAUAGUAUAAAUCAAUUGUUUUUCGUCUAUUAAAGUUUUUAUUGGUCACAAAAUCGGAUAUUUACAGGCCAAUACUGUGUUUGGAUGAGAAUGUUUGGAUGAGAGAAAAUAGAGAGAAACAACCGAGAGGAAAAUAGACGAUAAAAUUUGCUUAAUUUGAAUAGGGAAUGAAAGGAAGAGAAUUGAAGGAAAAUAUACUUUACA